AUGUCGCUGUCAAUACCCAAUGCGCCCAACGCCGGACUCUUCAAGGCUGGCUACCAAAACUACGACGCAGAGGAUGGCGCCGUCAUUCGCAACAUUGACGCGUGCCGCACCAUCGCCUCGACCGUCCAGACAUCGCUGGGCCCUUAUGGACGCAACAAGAUCGUCAUCAAUCACUUGCAAAAGAUGAUCCUCACAAACGACGCAGCCACCAUUCUGCGCGAGCUCGAAGUCGUUCAUCCCGCGGCGAAAUUGCUGGUCAUGGCGUCGCAGCAGCAGGAGGCUGAGAUGGGUGAUGCCACCAACAUGGUCAUUGUCUUCGCUGGUGAGCUGCUCAAGAAGGCCGAGGAGUUGCUGAGAAUGGGCCUCAAGACCAGCGAGAUUGUACAGGGAUAUGAGCGCGCGGGGAAGUUUGCGCUCGCCGCGCUGGAAGAGUUGGAGGUCGACAAGGUGGAAAACAUUCGCGAUCAAGCUGAGCUGGCAAAGGCUAUUCGUACCGUUGUCGCCGCGAAACAGUCCGGCUCUGAGGAUUUCCUCGCCAACUUGGUCGCCGAGGCCGUGCUUGCCGUUCUGCCGAAGAACCCCUACAAUUUCAACAUUGACAACAUCCGCGUCGUGAAGAUUAUGGGUGGUGCGCUGGAGCAGUCCAAGGUGGUCAAAGGUAUGGUCUUUGGUCGCGAGCCCGAUGGUACCGUCAAGAAGGCCGUCAAGGCCAAGGUCGGAGUGUUCAGCUGUCCCAUCGACAUUUCUCAAACGGAGACAAAGGGAACCGUCCUGCUGAAGAACAGCAAGGAACUGUACAACUUCACCAAGGGCGAGGAGGCACAGAUGGAGAACUCGAUCAAGGAGCUGCAUGACUCUGGUAUGCGUGUUGUGGUGGCAGGCGGUCCGGUCGGUGAGCUCGCACUUCACUACCUCAACCGCUUCGGCAUUCUGGUCAUCAAAGUUCUGUCCAAGUUUGAGCUUCGACGGUUAUGCAGAGUGGUGGGCGCAACACCUCUUGCACGUCUUGGCGCACCCAUGCCGGACGAGAUGGGAAGUGUGGAUAUUGUGGAGACCCUCGAGAUGGGCGGCGACCGCGUGACGGUCUUCAGACAAGAGAACGACCAAACACGAACGGCAACUCUGGUCCUCCGCGGCGCAACUCACAAUCACCUUGACGAUGUCGAACGUGCUGUCGAUGAUGGUGUCAAUGUCUUCAAAGCCAUCACCAGAGACCCAAGAUUAGUGCCCGGUGCGGGCGCCGCUGAGAUGCAGCUGAUUGAGCGCCUGACCGCACUGGCAGAUAAGACUUCCGGCCUCGCACAAUACUCGAUACGGAAAUAUGCAGAGGCAUUCGAAGUCAUCCCUCGCACACUCGCCGAGAGCGCUGGUCUCGACGCCACAGAGAUUCUGGCGAAGCUCUACACCGCACAUCACAGCGCCGUACAGGCAGGCAAGGAAGACGACAGCGAUGAGGAGAUUCCUUGCAUUGGAGUGGAUCUCGACACAAGCGGUAGCUCUGGAACGGGCACCCUGGAUGCGGAGGAGGAGGGCAUUCUGGACUUGAUGGUCACCAAGUCCUGGGCUAUCAAGCUCGCCACGGAGGCUGCUAGGACAGUACUGAGCGUGGAUCAGAUCAUCGUUGCGAGACAGGCGGGUGGACCGAAACCACCUGGUYCCAACCCGAACUGGGAUGAGGACUGA